GCACUUUAAAAGACUCGCCACCGCGGGACUCGCCAGUUCCCCGCACACGCAGCGUGGAAACGCACAAGUCGGAGCAGCUCGUGUCACCGCAGCCUCGCGCCACUGAAGCCAAGCAAUGGACAUCGCAAGAUGCAACCUGGAAUGUGAGCUCAAUAACACAGAUCACCACACCGACCUGAACGGGGUCGACCGGUUGAUUGUGCGACGAGGCCAGCCCUUCAUCAUUACUCUACACCUGAAUUCUGGGGGCUACCAGCCGGGAGUCGAUGACUUUCGCCUCCUCGCUGAAACAGGCCCGUACUCCUCCGAAAAAAUGGGCACCAAGGCGAUCUUCAGCCCUGAUGACUCCAUAGAUGAUACUCGCUGGAGUGCUUCUGUGUCGUGUUCUGAGGGAGACUACGUGUCUCUGUCCAUCUGCUCUUCCCCUGAUGCCUCCAUUGGACGCUACUCCCUGAGCUUGGAGCAGGGUGACACUGUCAGCCUUGGGGAGUUUGUCUUGCUCUUUAACCCAUGGUGCCCGCGAGAUGCAGUCUACAUGGAUACUGAAGAAGAGCGAGCUGAAUAUGUUUUAACUCAGGAUGGGAUCAUUUAUCGGGGCGAUCAUAAAUAUCUACAGGGCACACCAUGGAACUUUGGACAGUUUGAAGAAGGAAUUUUGGAUGCUUGCCUGAGAAUUCUGGAUGAGAACCCCAAGUACCUCCGCAAUGCCCAGGAUGACUGCUCAGGGCGGAGGAACCCUGUGUACGUGUCCAGAGUGCUGAGUGCCAUGAUCAACUGCAAUGAUGACAAGGGGGUGUUAUGGGGAAAGUGGUCAGGUGACUACAAGGAUGGAAUCAGUCCCAUGUACUGGAGAGGCAGUGUUGAGAUCCUCCGCAACUGGGAUACCUCCUCCUGCACUCCAGUACGCUAUGGACAGUGCUGGGUCUUUGCAGCUGUGGCAUGCUCAGUUUCCAGAGCACUAGGAAUCCCUUGUCGAGUGAUCACCAACUACUUGUCUGCUCAUGACACCAACAGCAAUCUGGUUAUUGAGCGCUACAUAGAUGAAAAUGGAAAACUUGUCAAGCAGUCCAGAGACAUGAUAUGGAACUACCACUGUUGGGUAGAGGGCUGGAUGCGACGCCCUGAUCUCCUCGAUGGCUACGAUGGAUGGCAAGCCAGUGACCCAACACCACAAGAAAAGAGUGAGGGGGUAUACUGUUGUGGCCCUGUCCCUGUGAAAGCGAUCAAAGAAGGACAGAUUGUCUUCAAGUACGAUGCUCCGUUUGUAUUCACGGAGGUCAAUGCUGAUGUGGUGACAUACCUGCAACACAAGGAUGGUAGCGUUCAGAAGUUCCUUGGCACUUCCCAGGUGGGCCUGUGUAUUAGCACCAAGAGCAAGGGUACUGACAAGAGGGAGGACAUCACCCAUCUCUACAAAUAUCCUGAGGGUUCCAAAGAAGAAAGGGAAGCCUUUGAACGAGCCGGCCACCAAAACAAGUUACUGCAACAGCAGUUGCAACCGGGUCUUCACAUUAAGAUCAAGGUGUCACCAGAAAUGAAGAAAGGCUGCGACUUUGACGUGUUUGCCUACGUCACUAAUAAUACAAAUGCUGCCAAGAUGUGUCGACUCAUGUUUUGCUCGCGAGCCACUUCAUAUGAUGGGAUCCUGGGAGAUGACUGUGGUUUCAAAGACCUCCUAAAUCUAAAGCUUGCACCUGGCGAAGAGAAGCAAGUUCCUCUAAAGCUGAAUUACUGCAAGUAUGGAUCCACCCUCACCAAAGACAACCUGAUUCGGCUGACAGCUAUUCUUUUCGACUACAGUACCAAAGAAGCCAUUCUAGCAAUGAGGACUAUUGUCUUGGAGAACCCAGAAAUCAAAAUCAAGGUACUUGGGGAACCCAAAGUGAACCGAAAGCUUGCGGCUGAAAUCACUGUGAAAAACCCUCUUCCCGAGCCACUGUCCAGUUGCUGCGUCUUUGUAGAAGGAGCUAACCUUACUGGCGGAAGAACUAUCACAGAAACGAUUGGAUCAUCAGUUGCGCCUGGGGCGGACGCCAAGGUCAAAGUGUAUUUCACCCCCUCCCACUCUGGGCUGAGGAAGUUGUUGGUGGAUUUUCAUAGUGAUAAUCUUGGCCAUGUCAAAGGAUACCGAAAUGUUAUCAUUGGAAAGUAGUGAAACGUGGCUACAAUGGAUUCAAAACAUAUUUUUUCCAGUUACUGUGUACUCAAAUUUGAUAUACUAUACUUUCAUAUAGUUCCAUCUGCAUGUUUGGAUGUAUGAAUGCAUGCAUAUAAAUCUGUUUUGUUUUUCAUUCAAAAAGUCUUGAUAGACGUUUUCUGUAAGACGUCAGCAUGAACACAAAUAGCUUUUUUCCAAUAACGAGUUAACUGGUAAAGGGUUAUUUCCAAAUUUCUUUUUGAAUUACCUACUAACAAUUUUUGUGACUAAUUUUCUAUUAAAGUCUCUUUGGUUAUUGAA